UUGGAAGGUAGUUCGACGAUUCAAAACAAUGAACCCACAAACAAAUAUGCUACGCUUUACAUUAUUACCAUUGUUGUUGUUGUCAAUUAUGUUUUCGAUGACUUGCAAGGGGCAAACAUUUCAAUAUUCAAGAGGUUGGACAAACGGUAAACGCGGCGGCAUAGCGAUAAGCAACAGUAACAACAAUCACCAUUUUCGCAGAGAGGAGGAGAAUAUACCGGAAAUACUUGAAACACAACAAGAUGGUGUCGAUAAGAGGUUGGAAAGAUGUCUGCUACAGUUUCAGCAUUUCCUAAAGAAUCCUUUAUUCCAUCACGCAGCCACGGCAUCUGCUUCGUACGGAUUGAAUCCUUCCAACGGCAACCAAAAUAAUGAUAGUAACAAUAAUAACAAUAAUAACAAUCCUUUGUAUGGAAGGAAUCAUCAUCAAUCAAAUGAAAUGCUUGAAGAGCUUGGCAAUAGUGUCGAUUCCAAUGAUUACGUUAGACAUUAA